AUGGCGGAAGCUGUUUCUGCUCAAACUCCGUCUCUCUCCGAGCAAUAUCAUUUGGAGAAAGAAGUGAAACAAGACACAAAUGCAAAGCCUGUGGAAGUGAAAGAAGUGGCACCAGAAGUCACUACUCAAGCUGAUGAGGUUAGUACAGAACAAACCAAGGAAGAAUCGCCUGCCGAGGAAGCGGUUUCUGAAGCGGUUUCUGAAGUUGAAGAGAAGUCUGAAUCUCCUGCUUCUACCGGAGUGACUUCUGAGGCUCCUGCUUCUGCGGAUGCUGAAGAGACUCCUGCUGCUGAAGAAAGUAAUGAAGAAAACACUAGUGAAGAAGUUUCUGAGGAAACUCCUGAUGAGAUCAAGCUUGAGACAGCUCCAGCCGAUUUCCGUUUCCCGACAACAAACCAAACAAGGCAUUGCUUCACUCGUUACAUUGAAUAUCACAGAUGUGUAGCUGCUAAGGGUGACGAAGCUCCAGAAUGCGAUAAGUUUGCAAAGUUUUAUCGAUCUCUCUGUCCCAGCGAAUGGGUUGAUAGGUGGAACGAGCAAAGAGAGAACGGAACCUUCCCUGGUCCUCUGUAA